AUGGCCCCAUCAGCAAUCGACCCCCCAGCAGCGAUUCUGCCUUCGAUCAAAGACACCAAACAGUCAGUAACAUACCAACUUCCCAUCCCCGAGCCAACACGUCGACGUCUCGAGGCAGCAAACGUCGAUCUCACCAAUGGAUAUCCAUACACACCACUACAGCCGCUCUACGUCCAAGAUGUUGAACAAAUCCGCAACGAACCCCGCGACUUCACUGAUGCAGGCAGCCGCGCAGAUCCCGAGAAAAAGGCUCUUUUCAAUGCUGCAAAGCAGGUUAUCCAUCUUACCAAUCAUAUAGGGACUGAGAUUGUGGGGUUGCAGCUGAAGGACUUGACGGAUAAGCAAAAGGAUGAGUUGGGGUUGUUGAUUGCGGAGAGAAGUGUGGUGUUUUUUCGCGAUCAAGAUCUUUCGCCCCAAGAGCAAAGGUCUCUGGGGGAGUAUUAUGGAGAGGUUGAGGUACAUCCUCAAGGAUCACAUGUCCCUGGUCUUCCCGGAGUAUUCACUAUCUGGCCUGACCUGUUUGCAAAGCAGAGGAAAGCAGAUUUCCGUCACCCUGGCGGCGCUUCAAUGUGGCACACUGACCUGGUCUACGAACGACAGCCCGCAGGCGUCACCCAUCUCCACAACGACACUGUGCCAAAACUAGGCGGCGACACUUUAUGGGCAAGUGGCUAUGCAGCAUACUCCAAACUCUCACCCGACUUCCGCAAGUUCAUCGACGGGAAACAAGCCGUAUUCCGCUCUGCUAACGAGUAUCUUGACCGCAAUGAUCCAACGGCAGGUCCAAGACCUGUAGAGCGAAUCCAUCCCAUUGUACGCGUUCACCCUGCAACGGGAUGGAAAAGCUUGUUUGUAAACCGUGUUUGGACUGGCAAGAUCGUAGGUUUGGAUAAAGCAGAGAGCGAUGUGAUAUUGAAAUAUUUAUUUGAUGUUUAUGAGAAUAAUGUUGAUAUCCAGGUGCGGUUUAAAUGGACGCCUGGAACUUCGGCGCUAUGGGAUAAUAGGUAUGCUUUUGUAUCUUCUUCUGCACGAAAUGAAAUGGGAAUUGACAUGUAUAGGAUUACCAUCCACAAUGCGAGUUGGGAUUACGAAGGGACGGAAGAGAGGCAUGGGACUAGAGUCACAUCAUUGGCAGAAGUGCCGUAUUUUGAUGAAAAGGCACCAACGAGAAGAGAAGCUUUAGGAUUGAAUGAUAAUUAA